AUGGAAAUUCCCCCCAAAAGUCCUGAUGAGAGCGAAAAGUCUCCCCAGUCCAAGGAGUUAAUGACCAGUAACACGGCCAGCACCCUCUACAUCAGCUCCCGGAGCGAAUCCGUCUGGACCAGCGCAUCCAGAAGCAAGUGGGACAUAUACCACAAGCCCGUCAUUGUUGUAUCUGUUGGAGCAGCCAUCUUUCUCUUUGGAAUGGUCAUCACUAGCCUGUCUUGCAUCCAAAUCAAGAACAAAAAUGUUUACAAGAUGUGUGGCCCAGCUUUCCUAUCCUUGGGACUGAUGCUCCUCGUUUGUGGCCUUGUGUGGAUCCCCAUCAUCCGGAAGAAGCAGAAGCAGAGACAAAAGUCACAGUUCCUGCAGAGCCUCAAGUCCUUCUUCUUUAACCGCUGA